AUGAAGAUCGAUAAGGUGCUCCUCUGGUGUGAUUCACAAAUCGUCUUGUGUUGGCUUAAAAGAACUCCUGAUAGUCUAGAGCUUUUCGUCGGUAGCAGAGUUCGGGAAAUCCAUCUUUUGACUAAUGCGUACGAGUGGCGUUACGUCAAUACGAAGGACAAUCCCGCUGAUUUGGCUUCAAGAGGGGUUACACCGUCGGAGCUGCAGCAUUCCACGCUCUGGUGGUACGGCCCAGUGAUGCUACAACACGAGGAAGAUACUUAUGUGCCCCUAGAAUCUAUUCCAUUCGAAGACGAAGCUUCACAGUCACAGGAUAUCCAAACGUGCCAAAUAGUCGUACAUUUCGAGCCAUUCGAGCUUUUGACAAGAUACAGUAACUUUAGGAAACUGCAAAGGAUCGUGGCUUAUUUGUAUCGUUUCGUGAAUAAUUGCCGGAGUAAGAAGGAGAAUCGAACAACUGGAUCACUGAAGGUUCCGGAACUGCGGAGUGCUACGGCAAAGAUUAUUCUAAAUGUUCAACGAAAUGUAUUUGCUGAUGAAUUCCAUAUGUUAGCAAAUGACAAGCUUAAGAAGAGUAAGUUAUUGCAGCUUGCACCUUUCAUCGACGUUGAUGGCAUGCUGCGGGUGGGCGGCCGCCUGAAACAUGCGCAGAUUCCGUUCCAUCAGAAACAUCCAUUACUGCUGCCCUCUGGUCAUCAUGUCACAAGGAUUUUGAUUGAGUCACUGCAUAGGGAACACCUGCACGUUGGGCAACAAGGAUUACUAGCCAUCGUAAGGCAGAGAUACUGGCCAAUCAGAGGUAAGAGCGUUGUACGACAAGUGGUGAAUGGAUGUGUGAGAUGCUUCCGUAUGAAACCACCGGAAACUAAACAGUUUAUGGGAAAUUUGCCGGAAUACCGUGUUGUUCCUGCUCCAGUGUUUGCCCGAACAGGACUUGAUUAUGCGGGGCCUAUUUAUAUCAAGCAAGGUCGUCGUCAAGCUCGUGUAAAGGCAUAUAUUGCGGUUUUUAUUUGUAUGGCCACUAAGGCUAUACACCUGGAGGUAGCAUCGGACCUUACAACGGAAGCGUUCUUGGCAGUUCUCCAGCGAUUUGUCGGAAGGAGGGGUACACCAGAGCAACUACACUCUGAUAAUGCUACAAAUUUUCGUGGAGCUCAGUCAGAGUUAGCAGAACUGUAUGAGCUUUUCAAGAAUCAGCAAACUAACGAUAAGAUCAACCAGUUUUGUGAAGCAAAGGAGAUACAAUGGUCCUUUAUUCCGCCUCGUUCUCCAAAUUUUGGUGGGAUCUGGGAGGCUGGGGUGAAGGCAGCCAAAUCAUUGCUGAAGAAGGUGCUGUGUGAAACGUCAUUGACCUAUGAAGAGCUGACAACGGUGGUUGUCCAAAUUGAAGCAGUACUCAAUUCGAGACCAAUCACACAAAUGUCGAAUGAUCCAAACGAUUUGUCAGCGUUGACCCCAGCGCACUUUUUAGUGGGUCGCGAGCUGACGGCUCCACCUGAACCGAACUACGAAGAAAGCAAGGUUACGUCGUUAUCCCGUUGGCAGUAUCUUCGAAGACAAAAGCAAGUGUUCUGGACAAGAUGGUCAUCGGAAUACUUGAACGAGUUGCAGCCCAGGGGUAAGUGGUAUAAGGAAAAACUGAAAAUCAAUCCUGGAAUGCUGGUAGUCCUACGAGAGGAGAACAUUGCUCCUCAACAAUGGAAGAUGGGACGGAUUACGCAGAUACACCCUGGCUCUGACAACAUCGUUCGAGUUGUUACCGUGCGUACAGCGAAUGGAGAAGUGAAGCGAGCGGUCAGUAAGAUAGCGGUGUUACCCGUUGAAGACACCCCUCUCCGAGGGAAUUGUUUGGACACUGCGUGCCAACUGGGGGGAAGAUGUUAA